AUGGAAGAUGUCAUGUUGUAAAGUCUCAGGUAAUGUGGCUCCAGCAGUGUUCGCUUGGAGCAUCCUCAUUGUAUGCACCGCCAUCUUCUUCGUCUGCGCGUCUGAGUUCCUGGUGGUGCAGUUGAGUCCGGUCUGUGUGGCAUACGAAGCCAUCAUUGCAGUAUUCCUCCUAAUAAACUUUUUCAGAUCUACCUUCAGUAAUCCUGGAGUUUACCCCAGAGCUGAGGAUGACGAGGUCAAGGCAGGUGAUGCCCGCGCCCCACUGUUCAAAAACAUCGACGUCAACGGGGUUCCUACGAGGUUGAAGUGGUGUCAGACGUGUCGAUUCUACAGACCACCCAGGUGCUCUCACUGUAGUGUCUGCAAUAAAUGUGUCGAGUCAUUUGAUCAUCACUGUCCUUGGGUGAAUAAUUGCAUCGGUCGACGGAAUUAUCGUUUCUUCUUCUUCUUCCUCUUCUUCCUGACCAUCCACAUCGCCAACACCAUGGGUUUUUCCAUAGCCUAUAUUAUCCAUAAUAGUGCUAACCUGGCAGAAGCUAGGGCCAUUCUUCUGAUCAUCGUCAUAGUGAUAUGUGUUCUGCUUUUCAUCCCAAUAACUGGUCUAAUGUUCUUCCAUGUCUAUCUCAUCUGUAGAGGAAGAACCACUAACGAACAGGUUACUGGUAAGUUGAAAGGGGGCUUCAACCCCUUUGAUAGGGGUCGUUGUACGAAUUGCAAGAACACUCUCUGUGGCCCUAUGUGGCCCAGUUUCUUGAGUAAAAGAGUCAAAAAAUUGAAGAAGAUAGAUGCCAUAGUUCUUGAGGAGCUUUUGCUUAAAACCCCCAAGCAACCUAAGAAGUCGAAAUCCCUAACUAGAGAAGACAGCGACGACAUCAAGGUCCCGAUCGACAGCAAUGCAACGAUGCAACAACAGCAGUCCGUAUCAUUGCUGGGGCCUAUAAAUAGCGCGGGAAUCUUAGGCACCGCCUCCUUCAUGGGGCCCAGUUCUAUUU